AAACCCUACGUCAAGAAAGCAGAAGACAUAACCCUUCAUACCUCAAAUCCAUCUCUUCUUUCUCACAGAUACCCAUUUCAUCAAAUUCUCCAACAGAAAAGAAAUGGACAGCAUGAGCUGUAUAGACGAGAGUACGACCAGCACUGACUCCUUCCCCCCCGCCGCACCGGCGGCGGAUACUCCGUCGAAGCUUCCGGCUCCUCCGGCGGUGAAGCUUUACCGUAUGGGAAGCGGAGGCAGUGUGGUGUCGGAUUCCGACAACGUUAUAGGCGUUGAGACGGAGUCGCGGAAGCUUCCGUCGUCGAAGUACAAAGGCGUUGUUCCUCAGCCGAACGGCCGGUGGGGCGCUCAGAUUUACGAGAAACAUCAUCGCGUUUGGCUCGGAACCUUCAACGAGGAGGCAGAGGCGGCGCGUGCCUACGACAUCGCCGCCCGGCGGUUCCGCGGCCGCGACGCCGUCACGAACUUCAAAUCUCCGGCGGCCGACGGCGAACGGGACUGCCAAAGCGACGCCGAAUCGGCCUUCCUCGAGGCUCACUCCAAGGCGGAGAUCGUCGACAUGUUGAGGAAACACACGUACGAGGAAGAGCUUGAACAGAGCAAACGGAGAUUCCACCUGUCGGGGGUUGACGGUGACGGAAACCGUAACGGGACGGGGCAAAACGACGACGCCGGGAAGAAAACGCGUGAGGUGCUGUUCGAGAAGGCCGUGACGCCGAGUGACGUCGGCAAGCUGAACCGUCUGGUGAUACCGAAGCAGCACGCGGAGAAGCACUUUCCGUUACCGACGUCGUCAAGUAACGGCAACGGAACGUCGUCGACGAAGGGCGUGUUGAUGAACUUCGAGGACGUAACGGGAAAAGUGUGGCGGUUCCGUUACUCGUACUGGAACAGCAGUCAAAGUUACGUUUUGACCAAAGGAUGGAGCCGGUUCGUGAAGGAGAAGAAUCUCCGAGCUGGUGACGUGGUUAGCUUCGAGAGAUCAACCGGUCCGGACCGGCAGCUGUACAUCGACUGUAAAAUCCGGUCGGAACCGGAGAAGAACCCGGUUCAGGUGGUUCGGCUCUUCGGCGUGGAUAUCUUGAGUGCACCAACUCCACCACCAAACGACGUCGUUCCAGUUUGCGGCGGCAAGAGAUCUCGGGACCGUGAUUUGUUUACGUUAGGGUGUUCCAAGAAGCAGAUGAUAAUUAACGCAUUGUAACAUUUUGUUUUUUUUUUCAACUCUUUUUUAUUUUUAAUAUUUUUAUUAUUUUAAAAUUUGCAAGUUGCAGCGCUGUGAAAUUGUAAAUUAAGACAAGACCAGAAAAAAAGCUGUAAGAAAAAAAGCUGGAAAAAAAAAAGUUUUUGGGGAGAAAAAGGUAACGGGGAAAUAGUUUUUUUGUCCCAACUCUCAUCAGCAAAUGUUAUUUGUUUUCGAUCUCA